AUGAGCUCGAACGUCAGGCUGGAUCUCCAGGGCAUGGGCGACGUGGAGGUGGGGUACUAUCGGGACCUGAGGGCAGGACAGCGAAUUCUCCUCUGGUACACUGAUGAUCAUGUGUGGCACGACAAUCUAGUGGGACUGGUCAUUGGCGGGGAGGAAGUUGUUCUGUAUACUCCAGACGACGACCUCUACAUUGAAAAGAUCGGCUGCAAGGGGAGCGUGGGUAUGCUCCAGUUCCGAGCACAGUGGUUGACUCCCCUGGUGAAGCAGCAAAUCCGUCAAGACGCUCAAGCAUCCAACGACUCCGUGCAUUCCGAGUGUGAGGAGGUCAGCUUGAGCCCGGAAGCAGCUGUUGGUGUGGGUGACAGGACCGCGCUGAUGUUGCCGCAGGGCCAUUGGGUGAAGGUUGAGCUGGUCAAAGUUGAGGACGCGGGUGGCUAUGCGGACCGGCACCGAGCUCUUUUCUCCACCACUGCGGCGCCAGCCAGAGCCGAGAGCUUGCUGGAGCGGCUGAGGCCGGACAAGAAGGAGGAUGCUUCAGCUGAGGUCGCGGGUGAAGAGAUCAGAAUGCUCUGGGUCUACUACGAUGACCAAGGCGAACGUCCGCUUACUGCCAUGCGUGUGAUGAAGCAACUGGACAACGCGAAGGUGUUUGCUGGCCUUGGCUCGCCUGAUGAUCUUGUGUCACCGACCUUCAGGUUCUUCUACGACCUUCACCCCGUCACCUGUGCAACGUCAGGUGCUCAGCCGAUUGGAUGGGCUGGCUUCUUGCCAGUCCAAAGGAGGGGUGGGUCUCCAUACGACUGGAAGCCUGCCAAUGAAACUCUCGCCUCCUACCAGGCCGAACUCGUCUCAAUCCCAGAUGAUGUGACCGGGUGCCCAAGCCUUGAUCAGGUGCUCCCACUUGACGACCUUCGGUUCUUGGAGGAGAAAUCAGAGCUGAUGCUAAGACAUGGUGAUAAGAUAGAGCACGAACCCAUCAUACCUUCUUGGGACCCCAAGCUCAAGUUCAAUAAGAAGGAGUACCAUCGUCUUGUCCAACGAUUGCAUGGAGCUGGCUAUUUCAACUUCACUACCAGGCCUAAAUCAUCCGUUGGCAUUUUCUUUGUGUGGAAGAGUUCUCGGACACACCUUAGGCUGAUAACUGAUGCUCGGCGUCCCAACCAGUUGUUCAAGGCUCCGCCCAGGGUUCGCCUCAUGACCAGCGAAGGGCUUGGCAAAAUCAAAUUUGAGGUCUCUCCUGAGCUUCUGAACGACCCGGAAGCGGUGUCGGCAGCCUAA